AUGUCGACCGAAGACGCCGACUAUCCCCGCGACGAAGCGUGUCAGGCGCUGCGCGAAGCUCGGUUCGCCGAUUUCACCAUCACAUGCGAUGGCAAGAUCUUCAAAGUCCACCGCCCGACUAUCUACUACAAGUCUAAUUACUUCAAGGCGCUGCUCGACAACGACUUCAAAGAGAAAGCCGACGCUACCGUAGACCUCAAGGAAACCACACCAGUCGCUGUUGCAAUUGUUCUGCUGUACUGUUAUGCUAGAGAGGUCACCGAACUCUGCAAGUGCCCUUACAAAUGGCUCAGCAAGACGUGGCCCCAGUACUUCUCCGACUCAGAGGGACCGUUCGCGGAGAUGGAUGCUCUGCUCGAUGCCUACGUACUGGCAGACCGACUGUUGAUGAAGACUGCAAAAGUCGUAAUCGCCUGCGAGCUGUUACGGAAGUUGACUGAAGGCCACGCGGCGAGUUACUCUAUACCGACGGAUGCAAAGCAAUUAUGGAAGACCGGCAUGAUACAGCUCAUCGACAGAAUCUACAACAAAGCGCCAGUCGGCGAUGGUGGUCUGCGAAGCGCCAUGAGCGGUCUGAUUUUCAGGAACAUCUUCAACACGUGGGGAAAUUUCGAUCAGCUAAAACAAAUCGCCCGUGAGAAGGAUGCGGAUGCGUUUGUAGCUCUGGAAAUUCUAGCCAACUACGACUACAAGCAACAGUCCACCUUCACUCAGUGUCUGAAUAAGACAAUGGAAUGA